GUUAGUCUGUUUAGCUAUAAAAGGGAAGGCAAACUUUCCUUUCUGGAACACCAAACUUGAAGUUUCUCUCCCCCUUUUUUUUCCCUUUCUUUGAUUUGGUUGUGCGGUCUUUUCCUUCUGCUGCGAUACAAAUCAUCUCCUCAACUCAGGGUUUAGCGGUGUACAGUGGAGGCGUGAGAAGAAUGGCGAGAGAGAAGAUCAAGAUCAGGAAGAUCGAUAACGUGUCGGCGAGGCAGGUGACCUUCUCCAAGAGGAGACGAGGGCUUUUCAAGAAAGCUGAAGAGCUUUCUGUUCUCUGUGAUGCUGAGGUUGCUCUCAUCAUCUUCUCUUCCACUGGGAAGCUCUUUGACUAUUCCAGCUCCAGUAUGAAGGAUAUACUUGGAAGGUACACUAUGCACUCAAAUAAUCUGGAAAAGUUGGAGGGACCAUCACUUGAACUGCAGCUUGAGAAUAGCAACCAUGUCCGAUUGAGCAAAGAAAUUGCAGAUAAGAGCCAUCAACUGAGGCAGAUGAGGGGAGAGGAUAUCCAAGGACUAAAUAUAGAGGAAUUAUUGAAAUUAGAGAAAAUGCUUGAAGCAGGACUUAGUCGUGUACUCAAAUCAAAGAGUGAUCGGAUAAUGACCGAGAUCGCCACUCUCCAGACAAAGGGAGCUCAGCUGAUGGAAGAGAACAACAAAUUAAGACAGAAAAUGGAAAUAAUCUGUAAAGGAAAACGGCUAAUGACUAUGGAAUCGGAUAACAUGAUCCUUGAGGAAGGCCAGUCAUCGGAGUCUAUCACCAAUGUCUACAGUUGCAGUAGUGGUCCUCCUCAAGAGGACGACAGCUCUGACACAUCUCUCAAGCUUGGGCUGCCCUUCUCUUAAUCUAAUUAACAUUGGCAGAAGAUGGCUGAGAAUUACGUAAGGAAUUAAUAAUAAGAUUUGGAUAUCACCCAUAUUUUGUGAUGUUUAACAUGUCAAUGAAAUCUAAAAACAUAACAUGCUGCAAAUCGAAACCCUGGGUUUCGUCAAAUUCUUAUUUUGUCGUAUGCAUGCAUUGGCUAGGUAGCAUUUCUGCCACUUGGCUGUGUUUGUGUACAAUAUCUAAUUAGCACUAGUCUCAUCAUAUAUGUAUGUAUGUAUGUAUAAAUAGGACUGAGGUUUUACGGUUAAUAAUGGUGAUUGAUAUA